GUGUUUCACUAGUAAUGUUCGUUACUAUGCAGAGUUUUUUGUGAGGCUGGAGUAGCUGCAGUAUGGUCUUGACCCGACUUGACGAUCUGUGUUUUGUAUUGCAGGCCAUGUAAAUUUUUUUUGUUAUGAUCAUACAGCUUGGACUGCUUUCUCUUGUGCGCGGUUGAGCGCAUCUCGAGUUUUCCUUAUGUUGUGGCUGGAGUGUUGAUUGUACUCUUUGGUUGAAGGAAAGAUUGCCAGAUUUUGCGGGAUUCUGCCUUAGUUGCUACGUCAUGGUGCAUUUUGUUAGAGAAGAGUUCAAGAUUUUUUAGGAAUGCUACUCUUCCUCUUUGUUUGCUUCUGGAUAGUGUUGUUUAUUUGCUUCAGUUUGGUGCUUUUGCAGGAGUUCUUCUCACUCACAUCCAAAGCGAUUGGAGAGCUUUGAUCUACUGCAUUUUUUUGGGUUUUUGUUUCAUUGAGUGUAUUUAAUUUUUUGUGAGUGGUUGUCUUGUCCUCUGCAUUGUGUAUUCUCACUUUUUAUUGAUAAAAAUCUUUCUUUCUUGUAGAAAAAUGUGUUAAAAAAUCAUUUAUAUAGGAGUUUUGGGAGAGUGUUUGGGUAUUGGUGUUUGAACUUUGAAGUGUGUUUGUGUCCAUGCUAUGUAGGUUGUUUUUGUGGCACAGAAGGCAUAAUUAUUUUACCCUUCUCUUCUAAUAAAAAAACCAUUGACAGGGAUAUUUCAACUCAGUUGAAAACCAUUGGGAAAGGAUUUCAUUAUUUUUAUAAUUUUAAUACUUAAACACAAUGUUGAUAAUUUGGUGUACAGGGAGGAGAGGAGUUUGUGGUGUAAGCCUCCUCAAUAUCUAAAAAUUUCCCUUGUUUGGCAGUGCAUGACUAUGAGUUAUACCUAUGAUUUAACCCAUGCAAUUGACAUAUUAAUGCAAUUUUGAUUGCCAAACCAUUCUUACUUUUCCUUUAUGUUUUUAUCCUAAUUCUCUUAUUUUUUCUGUUGGAAUAUUUAUGCAGAAGAUUGCAAAGUUGGAUGUACUAGCAUUCAUUGCAAUAUGAACAUUAGCUUGGCAAGGAGUUCAAACAGCAACUUGGAUAAUUUUUAGCCACCUGAAAUGGAAUCAAUUUAAAAGUUCAACCGUACUGCUAUGGAGCAUCUUCAACAAACUCAAUGCACAGAGCUGAACCGACCAUCUUCAUUUUAUCGCUCAGUGUAUUCAGAGUUGGGUUGCACCUGUGGGGAGUGUCAAGGCUUGAUAUGCAUUUUUGGCCCACAACCUAACAGCUUAAACUUUUUGAUUGAAGAGGUUGGGUGGGAGCAUCUGCUGACAUUGGGUGAAGGUUUAACAUUUCUUACCUUUAAGUUCUUAGAUAAGGAGGGACGAGUGCAUGUUUUGGAAAUUCAUUUGGAUGAGACCUAUCCCAAAUGUCCACCUUCAAUUUCGGCGGACCUGCCUUAUCUUUUUAAUUUAAAAUGGUCAGUGAACUCAAGAUUGAAGGAUGUAGUGCAACUGUUCCAAGAGCAUCUGGAUAAGCUUCAGGAAUUUUGGUCUACCUUGGAUGAUAUAGACAAGUCUCUUUGGGUUGUUGAUCAAACACAGCCAUCUCAUGCAGCAUCGCAUCGACUAAUCAAUAUUGGAAAUGAUUGCUUUAUCACAUUAUCUAUAAAUACAAAAGAUCCAAGAUCUUUACCAGAUUGUGGCAGGUGUCGUUUUAUGGGUUCAGAUUUCAUGGUAAACUCAUUGCGGAAGAUGUGGAGGAGAAAUAGCAAACGAUGGAUAAAUGAAAAACUACCUUCAGAAAAUCUUGUGAAUGUAUUGGAGAUCCAACUGCCACGACCUCAACAUGUCCAGAAUAAUAAUCAUCUGCAAGUUGAAUGUGGAAUUUGUUAUGCUCAACAUCUCCCAUUUGAUGAUGAGCUAGGAGCCAAGAGUGGAAGUGGAACAGACUACACAUGUGAUAAUAUCAAUUGCAGAAGGAAUUUCCACAGCAUUUGUCUAGGGGAUUGGUUGCGUUCUAUCACAACGACAAGGCAGUCAUUUAAUGUUCUGUUUGGGAAUUGUCCAUAUUGUUCAGAGCCAGUUGCUGUCAAAAUCAGCACUCACAGGUGAAUCCUUGUUGCACUCAUUUCAUGUGGCAUAGUCGCAGAAGCAGGCUGCAGUGAAUGCUCUGCACAAAACACAAGCACACCAUACAAAUAAUGUCUUGGAUUAUGAAUUUGUUACUGGAGAUGAGAUUACCUAGCCCCCUUAAACUGUUCAUUGUUUUCCACUGGCAUUUUUGCCUGUUCAAAGCCUUUUUUGGCUGAUACAAUCAUGAGGAUGACAUGGAUUUUUGGAAGCCAUCCUAUGUAAGCUCUCACUCACCAACUUACCUCUGAUCUGAUAACAUGCCAUUCCUCACCCAUUUUUUGUCUAAUUGAUUGUAUCUACUUAUCUUGGUGAUUAUCCAUUUCAAGCAAGUCACCCAUACUUUGUGUUGAAA